UAGCGGAAGUAUUUCGGGCUCUGUCUUUUUCGUUGUUGCUGCUUCCGUCGACAUUCUUUUUAGCUCAACAAACUCCAUUCAUUUUUGAGGGGGAAACUGUAGCUUUGUUUUAUAGCAUUUUGUGCGUGUUUUCGGCUGACCCGGGAUGAUUGAGCCAAUUAAGAGAGCCGGCGACAUGGCGGUGGUUUCCUCCGCCAUGAAGCGGCCCCGGAUGGAGCUGGUGGCGGCGGCUCAGUCUCAGCAGCUCGUGGCCGCGGGCCCUCCACGGACCUCCAGCCUGCAGGCUCCCAUCAUGUUGAUGUCAGGCCACGAGGGAGAGGUCUACUGCUGCAAGUUUCACCCCAAUGGAGCCACACUGGCCUCUUCAGGAUUUGACAGGCUGAUAUUCAUGUGGAACGUAUUUGGAGACUGUGAAAAUUACGCCACUCUGAAGGGUCACAGUGGAGCAGUGAUGGAGCUGCAUUAUAACACAGAUGGCAGCUUGUUGUUCUCGGCAAGUACAGACAAGACUGUGGGUGUGUGGGACAGCGAGACAGGUGAGAGGAUCAAGCGUCUGAAGGGCCACACCUCUUUUGUGAACACCUGCUACCCAGCUCGUAGGGGGCCCCAGCUGGUGUGCACUGGCAGUGACGAUGGGACAGUGAAGCUUUGGGACAUUCGCAAGAAAGGGGCCAUCCACACUUUUCAGAACACCUACCAGGUGCUUGCCGUGACCUUUAAUGACACCAGUGAUCAGAUCCUGUCUGGAGGCAUCGACAAUGAUAUCAAGGUGUGGGACCUGCGGCAGAACAAGCUGAUCUACAACAUGCACGGCCACGGUGACUCUGUGACCGGGCUCAGCCUGAGCUCCGAGGGAUCGUACCUUCUGUCAAACUCCAUGGAUAACACGGUGCGAAUCUGGGAUGUGCGACCAUUCGCACCCAAGGAGAGAUGUGUGAAGAUUUUCCAGGGUAAUGUUCACAACUUUGAAAAGAACUUGCUGAGGUGCUCCUGGUCCACUGAUGGCAGUAAGAUCGCAGCGGGCUCAGCUGACAGAUUUGUGUACAUCUGGGACACCACGUCCAGAAGAAUCCUGUACAAGCUGCCGGGUCACGCCGGGUCUGUCAAUGAGGUGGUCUUCCACCCAGAGGAGCCUAUAGUGCUGUCUGGUGCCAGUGAUAAACGUCUGUACAUGGGAGAAAUUCAGUAGUGUGUGUGUGUGUGUGUGUGUGUGUGUGUGUGUGUGUGUGUGUGUGUGUGUGUGUGUGUGUGUGUGUGUGUGUGUGUGCGUGUGUGGGGCCACCCUUGGAAGUGUUUUCUGAGGACUAAUGGAGUUUAUUUUAUACGCUUCAUCUUGCCUCAGAAAAACCUCAGGAUGACUGUCCGUCACAAAAGCCUCAAAAAUUUCCCUUUUUUUUUUUCUUUUUUUUUAACUUUGAUUUAUUUCUUUUUUUAAAUAAACUUUGGUAUCGAGUAAAAACAGCUCUUGUCACAUUAUGUUGUCACUCUGGUGUUUUUCUUUGAUGGGGGGAAGAUUUACAUUUGUCCUGGUCAGCAUUUAAAACAGACUCAGUUAUUUUUACUUCACUGCAUUGUUUUUUAUUAAAGAACAAUAAUAAAACCUUUUCAAACAAG